GACAUUUCAAGCGCCAAAUGUGUGGCAUCAUUUGAAAGAACAUUUCAAUUUGUAUUUUUGUUUGGACUGGAGAAUUGUCGGAACGUGAGAUGUCGGAAACGCAGUCUAUAGAGAACGUGUUUUACAAUCGUGUGAGCGGUGAACUGCUCGAUAAAUAUAUUGGCAAAUCUGUGGUUCUAUUAGGAAAAGUUAGGAAGGUACACCCAAAUGGCAGUAAAUGGGAGCUGGAAACGACUGAUGGAAGAGUUGUAUCAAUAAGUAUGGGAAUGCCCCUAAGUGAAGAGCUGUCAGGAUUUGUAGAAGUUAGAGGAAUUUGCCAGAGCCCUGCUGCUGUUUUUUGCAAUUCGUAUCUAACAUUCCCUCCAGAUAUGACAGGAAACUUUGAAACUGAUUUGUACAAUGAAGCUGUAAAGCUAGUUAAUACAGUACCAAAUCCUUGGUUGGCAGAGAGUGGUUAGUACACAAUUACUACAAAUGGACUGGACAAAGGAUUUCUGUAAUUGUACAUAAGAAGAAUUUGCUUUUUGCAGUUGCUUAAAAAAUGUAAAUUUGAAAUGCAUUACACUUUUAUAAAUAAAUGUACAUCUGCAUAUA